AUGAGAUACUCAAGAACGUUGACGAGCCUAUCUCUACUGGUAGUGUCUGCGGCAGAGGACUUUACCAAGCAUGUCGAUGUCUUCAUGGGAACCCAAAACGGGGGGAAUGAUUUCCCCGGGGUCGCAAGGCCCUUCGGGAUGGUCAAGCUGGGCCCGGAUCUGCUGCAGUCCGGCACGGAUUCUUAUUCAGGCUAUCUUUCCAACGGAGCCUUCUCCGGCUUCAGUAUGAUGCAUGAACAAGGCACCGGCGGAGCGCCCAAGUAUGGCACCGUCUCACAGCUGCCACUGGUCGGCAACAUCAGUGAUCCCUUGUCCAAUAUCACCGUGUCUCGAAAAGUGGCCGACGAAGGCUCUAUUGGGUACUACAAAGCCCAGACAGGGGACGGUGUUGAAGUCGAGCUGAGUGCUUCGGCUCGAGCUGGUAUCUAUCGUUACAAUUUCCCUUCGGGGUCCCAGGGUAACGUGCUGGUGGAUGUCUCGCACGUAUUGCCUUCGUUCCGUGGCCAGGGUCUUGGCCAAAACUAUAUGGGCGGUGACCUUUUAAUCCUUGCGGACGGUCACUAUGAAGGCUCUGGGGUGUAUGACAAUGGAUGGAAUGAAGCCCCAGAUUGGACAAUCUAUUUCUGCGGGUACUUCAAUUCGUCUGCAACAAGCAACAAGACGUACAGUGCAACUGGUGCAGCCAAGAGUGUUGAACAGCCCAGUGGUUUUGUGUCGUCUUCAUCCGGUUCCACUCGAGUGGGCGGACUUUUCUCGUUCAGCGACAGUGAAGUCAUUUCUCGCGUAGGAAUUUCUUGGAUCUCCACGAAGCAGGCCUGCGACAAUGUGAAUAGCGAGAUUCCAGCUGGUACUAGCUUUGAAUCUGUCGUUGACGGCGCUGUCUCAGACUGGAACACCGAGGUUUUGUCUAAGAUCGUCACGACCAACACCAACGACACCAGCCUGAGUCUAUUGUAUACCUCGCUGUACUUUAUGCAUCUGAUUCCAACCAACCAAACCGGUGAAAACCCGGGCUGGACAUCAUCCGAGCCCUACUAUCAGGAUAUCUUUACUUUCUGGGACUUGUUCCGCUGCUCCACUUCUCUCAUGCAAAUCCUACAACCAACAGCUUAUGAAGAGCAGAUCCGGUCACUAAUCGACAUCUGGAGAUUCGACGGCUACCUGCCUGAUGCGCGGUCAUCAAACUACAACGGCCGCACGCAGGGCGGCUCCAAUGCCGACAACGUCCUCGCAGAUGCUUACGUCAAGGGCGUUCGCGGCGCCGUCAACUGGGAAGACGGAUACAAAGCCAUGGUCAAAGACGCAGAAGUGACACCCCCCAACUACCCUGUUGAUCCAAUGGCCCCGGACUCUUCAACUCAUGAAGGUCGAGGAGCACUCCCUGACUGGCUCAGCCUGGGCUACAUCACACCGACCUUUACCCGCGCAGUCAGUCGGGCCGUUGAGUAUGCAUACAAUGACUUCGGGUUGUACCAAGUGGCUUCAGGGCUGGGGAAAGAUGAUGAUGCACGGAAAUACCUCAACCGCUCGCGCAACUGGCGCAACCAUUGGAACCCGGACCAAACUUCGCUUGGGUUCUCCGGAUUUGUGGUACCUCGCAACAGCACCGGCUUCAUCAACGUGGAUACCUUGAAUGCCGGCGGCUACUGGAUGGACCCCUACUACGAAGCCAGUGCCUGGGCGUAUUCCUUCGCGGAUGUGCAUGAUAUGCAGGAGAUGAUCAAGAUGAUGGGAGGUACCGAAACGGUCCUGAACCGGCUGAAUACCAUGUUCACCGAGGGCGCGAGUGGAUCGAGCGGAACUAUCUUCGAUCCCACCAACGAGCCAAUGUUCAACCUCCCCUAUCUGUACCACUUCAUCGACCGACAGGACCUGUCGGUGUCGCAGUCCCGCAAAGUCGCCAAGAGCGACUAUUCGACCGGGGUGACCGGUCUACCGGGCAACAGCGAUGCCGGAGCCAUGCAAACCUGGCUGCUUUGGAACAUGAUCGGUCUGUAUCCGAUCACCGGGCAGACGACAUUCCUGAUCCAUUCGCCUUGGUUCGAAUCGAUGACCAUUGACCUGGGCGAUGGCAAGACACUGCAUAUCACGUCCACUGGAGGCGAUGGAAAUGGUGAUACGAACAUCUACGUGCAAAGUCUCAAGGUCAACGGCCAGGCCUGGGAGCGGAACUGGCUGACUUGGGAUGACGUCUUUGCGAAAGGAGGAACGCUAGAGUUUGAGCUGGGGCCAACCGCGGUCAAUUGGACAAGCGGCGAGCUGCCGCCGAGUCCUGCGUCGGAGUAG